AUGUCUUUAGUCGAGCCAUCCCGCUUUUACGCCACCUUUACGGCGCAGCCCCCAGGCGCUCUUGCUUUGGCCUUGGUCUCAGUGGUACUGAUUCUUCCACUACUGCUCCAUGGACCGCUACGAAAGAAAUCGAGUCUUCCACUGCCACCCAGCCCAAAGGGCUAUCCGCUCAUCGGCAACCUGGUUGAUUUGGUGGAAUACGCCAAAGAGGGUAACACGCACCACCUAUUCCGACGAUGGUCCAAGCAGCAUGGCGAAAUCUUUCGAGUUUCAUUCGGUUCUCAGGAAUCCUACUACCUCAACAGCGACAAGGUCGUCAAAGCUGUCAUGGAUAAAAAGUCGGCUACAACCAGCGGUAGACCUCGCUGGAUCUCCAGCAGUGAGCACAUGACCAACAACUGGAACGUACUGCUACUGGAUGCUGCGAAACCUAGGUGGAAGCAGCAUCGGAAAACGGUCAACUCGAGUCUCACUGGCGCUGCGCGUGCUGACGACAUUCUGCCGUACCUUCAUUACGAAUCGGCAAAGUUUCUGUCGCAAGUUGCCAAUUCGGAGCAGACAGUGCCGCAUGAGCAGUUAUUCAGAACGAUACUGCGCUACACGUACAGCGUUUUCUCCCUACAGAUGUUUGGCAUGGACGUACCAGAAAAUGAAGAUCGCGUUAUAGACGACAUCCAUGAGACGGGUGUCGCCUUGAUACUGGGAACACUUCCGGGAGUUAGCUAUGUCGACACCUUUCCCUUGUUGGAUCGCCUGCCGCUAGCCUUCAAGCCGUGGGAGAGGAGAGACCGUGAACGUUUCCAUCGCGAUGUAAGAUUCUGCAUGGAGAAGGUGAAACGAAUACGGGAAGAGAAACUAAAAGGCGUCUCACAAAAAGCCUUCCUACCAAGCAUCGUCUCGAGUGGCGAUUUGCAAGGUUUUGAAACCCUCGAGGAGGCUUCCUUUACGGCCUUGGGUCUUGUCCUCGGUGGUGCCGACACUAGCGCUAUUUCUACUUGGAGCUUCCUAGAGGCUAUGCUUCUCUUUCCGGACGUGCAAUCGAAGGCGCGCAAGCUGAUACUUGAAGUCGUCGGAGACAGGAUGCCAGUGUACGAAGACCUCCACGAGAUUCCAUAUGUUCGAUGUCUCAUGAAGGAAACUUGGCGCUGGCGACCUCCCGUGCCCCUAGGCCAUCCUCACGUAACCAAAGAAGAUAUCGACUACGAGGGAUAUCGUAUUCCAAAGGGGGCAGAGCUCCACCUCAAUGCAUACGCGAUCGGCCAUGACGAGAAGCGACACUACGACCCAGACAGUUUUGUUCCCGAACGUUACCAAGAAGAUACUACUACAUCCAUCCAGAGCAUGAACUUGGCCGAUGCAACCAAGCGGGAUCAUUUUGCAUUUGGUUCAGGUCGUCGAGCUUGCCCGGGGUACCACCUCGCUGAGCGAUCUUUAUCUAUCGCCAUUAUGCGCAUUCUGUCGACAUUUGAGAUCUGUCCAUCAGCAGAUGCAGAGCUUCCACUUGACAAUGACAAGUUUGAGGGAGGACUCAUGCCGGGAUCUCCCGAUGAAAGGAUGCCGAUCUCUCUCCGUCUUCUAGACGGAAGGAAGGAAGUUGUCAGCAAGUACUUUGACGACGCGAAGACAUCCUGGCCUGCAUUUGAGCCGCUUGUUCAUGCCUCAAAUGGCAAGGGAGCUUUUGAGCCUCUUAGCUUCGCGAGAGGGUCUCAAAGUCAUUAGCCGAGAUGUUUAGGAUACUGUUUUACUUGGAUAGUGAUAAAAUAAGCAAACUUCGAGGCCAUCGGGUUUUUAUAGGAGUGGG